CCUCUCUGAAUUCCGUCACCAGAGAAGAAGAGUUGAAUAUGGCGCGGGAAGAAAAUCUUCCUUCCUCGUCUUUAAAACUUUACGAGACUCAGUUUUUCGGUUUUACUCCCCAGACAUGCAUGCUGCGUAUCUUCAGCGCCUUCCAGGACAGUCUCUACGACAUUUUACUCGUGGUGGAGAAAGUUUGCGUCAGGCAGCUGAGCAAAGGAGACUCGGGCGGGCCCGAUGAGGAGGCGCUCCGGGUCCAGGCCAGAGAGUGUAACCGUAAACUGCAGCAGUUCCUCGAGGAGCGCUUCAAGCAGCUGUUUGAGCGAAUGGAAGCUCUUCUGCUGAACAAGUGCUUCACAGUUCCUCAAAAUGUCCUUCUACCAGAGGACCAACCGCACAAAAACUAUCCUCAAGACUUACAGGAAGGGCUGAAGAUGGAGUCAACACUAGCUGACCUCCACAAAGCCUACCAGGCAGAAGUGUGCGCUAAACAGGCCCUGGAGGCUGAGCUGGAGGAGCAGAAGGAGGUGCAGAAACAGCUGGAAGGCAUCCUGACAUGGAUCCAGGAGCUCCAGGCAGCCUGGUCCAAGGAAGGUAAUGGGAACUUUCAGGAAAGCUUUCGCUUUGUGAUGGAGUCGGUCAACAAGCUACAGAAGGUCACCAAGAAAGUGCUCAUCUCCAGCAAAAAUUCUAAGUAGGCGGAUGUGGAAAAUGUAAAUAAACAACCUCCUGGAUGUAUUUCUCUA